AGGCUGAGAACUGAGAAUAUUAGAUGGUUGGAAACUUUGGGAAGCUAUAAUUAUUAAAACAGAAGAGUGUAGUGAUGAAUCAACAUUGAUAUUUUUGUUACCUUUUAAAAAACCAUUUUGUGUCAUAUGGGAAAGGUUUAUUUGCUGGGUUCAUUUUAAAUGAUUAUGAUUAAGUAAGAUAGAACAUUGUUUUUCUCUGUGUAGCUUUUAAAUAUCACGAUUUACUUUCAUAUAAGUAAAAAAUUACUAUAAAGGUCAUUUUAUGAUUAAGAGAAGUUUAUCACUGCUCCUCAGUUUUGCAUUGCUUCUUUGUUUUUUGUUUCUUCUUCUUCUUUUUUUAAUUGUUAUUUGGGUAACAGGAAGAUUCAAGUCUUAAUGUAUCCUGGAGCUAAAUUUGUUAUUAUCACCUUCCACUCUUUAUGACAGCUAAAAUAGAAUGGAACAUUGUUUUCAUAGUCAUAAUAAAAUAGCAAGAUCAAAUGAAAGUAUGAGAGGAUUAUGCCUCUUAAAAUCUCAGACUGAGAACUAUGAACAAAGAAUACGCGAGCAACAGGAACAGCUGUCAUUUCAACAAACCCUAAUUGACAGGCUGAAAUCACAGCUACUUCUUGUGGAUUCUAGUCGAGAUAACAGUUAUGGCUAUGUACCUUUGCUUGAAGACAGUGAGAGAAGGAAGAACAAUUUGACCCUUGAUGAACCACAUGAUAAAGUGAAACUAGGCACACUGAGAGAUAAGCAAUCAAAGGUGAGAAGACAAGAAGUUUCUUCUGGAAAAGAAACCUCAAAGGAUCUCAACAUCCCUUUGCAUCACGAAAGGGAUAAUAUAGAGAAGACUUUCUGGGACCUUAAAGAAGAAUUUCAUAGGAUUUGCUUGCUAGCAAAAGCACAGAAAGACCACUUAAGCAAACUUAAUAUACCAGAUAUUGCAACUGACACACAGUGUUCUGUGCCUAUACAGUGUACUGAUAAAACAGAGAAACAAGAAGCGCUGUUUAAGCCCCAGGCUAAAGAUGAUAUAAAUAGAGGUAUGUCGUGCGUCACAGCUGUCACACCAAGAGGACUGGGCCGGGAUGAGGAAGAUACCUCUUUUGAAUCACUUUCUAAAUUCAAUGUCAAGUUUCCGCCUAUGGACAAUGACUCUAUUUUUCUACAUAGCACUCCAGAGGCCCCGAGCAUCCUUGCUCCUGCCACACCUGAGACAGUGUGCCAGGACCGAUUUAAUAUGGAAGUCAGAGACAACCCAGGAAACUUUGUUAAAACAGAAGAAACUUUAUUUGAAAUUCAGGGAAUUGACCCCAUAACUUCAGCUAUACAAAACCUUAAAACAACUGACAAAACAAACCCCUCAAAUCUUAGAGCGCCGUGUUUGCCAGCUGGAGACCACAAUGUGUUCUAUGUAAAUACGUUCCCACUUCAAGACCCGCCUGACGCACCUUUUCCCUCACUGGAUUCCCCAGGAAAGGCUGUCCGAGGACCACAGCAGCCCUUUUGGAAGCCUUUUCUUAACCAAGACACUGACUUAGUGGUACCAAGUGAUUCAGACUCAGAACUCCUUAAACCUCUAGUGUGUGAAUUCUGUCAAGAGCUUUUCCCACCAUCCAUUACAUCCAGAGGGGAUUUCCUUCGGCAUCUUAAUACACACUUUAAUGGGGAGACUUAAAUCACGUUUGGAAACAGACAGAUCAUGUUCUCUGUGGUGGUUUUGGAUUUGUAAUGCUAGAGAAUGCUUUCUUGUAAGCCAAAUUUAAGAUUGUUUAUAAAGUUGUCACUUUAUCUUUUAAGAGAUCAUUUUGUAUAGAACUAUAAUUCAUUAUAUUAUUCAUGUUUAUACUAUAAUUUCUACAUUUCAAAAUUACACAUGUGACUUACAAAGUUGUGCAGUCAUAAUUUAUGUUUCAAAUAGCUAAGUUUAUUGUUUGACUCUUGUGAGGUCUAUUAAAUUUAGUAAUAUCAAAUGUUUAUAGGGUAUUCAAAUUUUAUUUGAAUUUUUAAUUAUUUUGCUACAGGUAAUAUUCCUUUAAAAUACGUAUAUAACGUACAGAGAAUAACAGACAAUAUGAUCUAAGUAGAUAUCGAAUCAAUCAUUAGUUGCCCAGGGAAAUUUAAACAUUAUAGAUCAUUUUUAAAUAAUACACAUAGUUUUAAUUUUUACUGUGUGUAUAGGUGCAUGAUUAAAUGACUUAAAUAUUAAAAGUGACUUAUGUCAUGAUUAUUAAAAGUAUUCUUUGUUUCUGAGGUAAAUAAAUAAAUCACAUUUGGGGAGGGUUCAUAAAAUUCAUGUCUGAUGGGAUUUAUUACACAUUAAUAGGUCACUUUAAAUUUCAAAAUGAUCUUUCAAACUAAGCAUUCUAAUUUUUUUCCUUUUAUUGGAAACAAAUGUAAAAGCCUGUAAGGAGAAUACAUAUUUAUUAAUUUAGAUUAGAAACGUUCAAAUUCUUGUUGAGAAAUUUGCUAUUCAUUGUUAGCAGCCUGAUUGAUGGCCACUGGAGACAUCUUAGGGUACCAAGUAUGCAGUGCGGCAGAACUGUUUAAAAUGAGACUUGCCUUCCAUUCUUCAUGAUUCUUGCUGUUUGAGCUUCUCUUCCCACUCCCCUCCGCCCCCAAUUUUUAAAAAUGGUUGAGACACGGCUUCCAUUUUAUGAAGUAAGCAUUGACUUGUAGCUUUCAACAGUAAUGUAACUGUCCUUGAGCUAUGUCUCAUACUGGAGGGUUUAGCAUGGGGGAAUUUGAUCAGGCCUCUGUGCCCAGUGGAAGAAUGAGAAUGGUACCUCGACUUCUCAAGGUGACGAGCACAUCACAUUGACAUCUUCCUCACCAAGGGUGACAUAGCGAUUAUUAGGUAUGCACUGUGAAGGGUUCUGAGGCAUGUACAUCUUUGCCACUAGGCUGAAUGGAAAUGCCUAGACAAUUAUCCAAAGACUCUUUUCUUCCCAGCUUCCCUUCACUAUACAUACACACAACUUCUCAGUAUGUAUUAAUAAGAAUAUACCCCCACCACCUAUCAAAAAAAAAUAAAAGGAUUUUUUUUUUCCUCUC